AUGCGGGAGUGCUCCUCUCUCAAUCGAGGCAGUAUUCUUUGUUCCUCGCUAGGGUCCUCGGAUGCUAAUGGGGCUGGAGUCGUGGCCGCUGUAGAAGAUAAGGUGGAGACCAAGGAGGUGGAGAAGGAGAGUGGAGAGGGUUUGGGAUCGAAUGGGGCUGCUGCUGCUACUGCAGCUGCAGUAGUGAUUGAGGAGCCGCCGAAGUUUAAGGAUCCGAGAUGGGUUGGUGGGACAUGGGAUUUGAAGCAGUUUGGAAAGGAUGGGAAGACUGAUUGGGAUGCUGUCAUUGAUGCUGAGGCAAGAAGGAGAAAAUGGCUUGAAGAUAAUCCUGAAGCAUCAAGUGAAAAUGAGCCUAUAAUAUUUGACACAUCAAUAAUACCUUGGUGGGCAUGGAUGAAAAGAUAUCACUUGCCGGAGGCUGAAUUAUUAAAUGGCCGUGCUGCAAUGAUCGGAUUUUUCAUGGCAUAUUUUGUUGAUAGCUUGACUGGUGCUGGCCCUUGUCGAUCAGAUGGGAAAUUUCUUUUUGCAAAAACACUGUUGUUUAUAGCUGUAGUAGGUGUUCUAGUAAUAAGAAAGAAUGAAGAUAUCGAAACUGUGAAGAAGCUGAUUGAGGAAACAACCUUCUACGACAAACAGUGGCAAGCUACUUGGAAGGAUGAUACACCUUGA